AAGAAGAAGAAGAAGAAGAAGUGAUAGGCCGUAGAAUACAGGCUAAUAACCAGAAGAAGAAACGGGGAAAAAAAAAAAACGUUUUUGUGGUCAUGGAUUAAAUAUUUUUCAAGAAUUAGUUUUCAUCGAUGGUUGAUUUUUGGUUCCUGUGUACCCGGACCUGGAAGAACUUUGUUUUUGAUAUUACAUUUCUUUGUUUUCUUGCUGCGAAUCUCCGAUAGUACGGCUGGGUGCUGACGGCGGCCAUAGAAGACGUUUGGUCUGCUCUGAUUAGACCAAACUGAGAAAAAACGUCUGCUGCCCCCGCGACCCGACCCCGGAUAAGCGGAAGAAAAUGGAUGGAUGGAUGGAUGAAAAAACGUCCCUAAUGUUCAUUUCCAACAUCCAGUCUAAUUGUCAUCUGUUGAGAUAGAAAUCUACUGGGUUUUUUUUAGUUGUUUAUAGCCAAAAAUAAUAUCAAAUUAAUGUUCCAAUCUCUCAACAUCAGAUUAACCAGGAAUUCAGUUAACACUAUCCAACAUAUAAUAACUGGUAAUUAUCAUUUGGAUUAUUUUCACUAGUAAUAUUCCAGAGGUGAAAGAAGGAAGUCCUAAAAAUAUGUUUGAUAUGGGAUUCAAAUGGUAUAUGCUGAUCAAGCAUCACUCCACAAACAAAUUCAGCAUGCAAAACAGGUAAACAGGAAGUGAUUUGAAUCGGUGUGCUUCACUUUAUAGGAGUUUAAAAAGGUAGUUGUGUUCGAAGAUCAGUUUUACAGAGCCAAACCUUAAAAACAUGUGCCUCAGCUGAUUAAAUGCUAUCUUUUCUCUGAUAUUCUGAAGGUUUGAUAGAUCUGAAGGGUGUUGUUUAUUGCUGGUUUAUUGGUUGUGCAGGUGAAGUACAACCAUGAUGAAGUACUAUCGUGGUUAAGUUGGUUUUAAUAAUUUUCUGUAACACUUCUGUUGGUUUUGUUUUCUGGGAAAUCAGGAAGCAGUUUAAGUAUGUGGUCCUCUUUAUGCCACUUGGGAUUACUUUCCUUUUUACAACAUGUUCUGUUUGGUAGUGUAGCAAUUAUAGAGCCACGACUAAUUUAUGUCAACAAGGUAAGAAUUGUGAAUUUUGCGUUUUUUAUAUAUUGUACAUUUGAAUAUCUGUUUCUUUGUCUUGCAAACUGUCAUAAAUUUCUUUUCAGGUUCAAAAUGAGCCAAUCAGAAAUUGAGGCCUGGAGCCAGGAAGAUGUUCAUCGCUGGCUUAUAACAGAAGUCAAAGUUUCUCAGAGUUGUGCUGAUAAAUUCAUUAAAGAAGAAGUUUCAGGAGAAUGUUUAGUCCUCUUUAAAAAGACAGACAUUGUGGAUUUAGGGAUCAAACAUGGUCCUGCUGUGAAGAUCUCUUGUUAUGUGGAAAGUCUGACUAAAGGAUCAGGUCAUAAGUCAGAAUAUCCUGCAUAUGUAAACACAUGGACCAAAGAGCAGGUGAGCCAGUGGUUCCUGCAACAUAUAAAACUUUACAGAAAAUAUGUAGAACAACUUCUGGAGGAAGAUGUUUCUGGAGAUUGUCUGGUUUGCUUCAAGAAGCAGGACUUUCUGGAUUUAGACAUAAAAAGUGGUCCUGCUGUGAAGAUUCUGGAAGAACUGAAAAAGCUGAAUGACAGACCAGAACCAAGCCUUGAGCCAACAACGAGCCAGAGAGAAGGAGAUGAUGUUAGCCUGCCUCAAACUCUAGGCAAUGCACAACCAGACUCAAAGAAGAAAACUGAAUCCGAACCUCCAUCUGAAAAGACUUCAACACAAAAUGAAAUGGAGACAACAAAACGAGAAGCUUUGGGAGCGACACACAAAACUGCACCGGUGAAACUCCAGCCAGAGUCAUCUCAGAGUGCUGUGAUAAUCAAAAACUUCUUGGAUAACCUAAGAAAGGAUGACUUUAAAAACUUUCAAUUCCAUCUAUCAGAAUACAAAAAAGAGGAGAAUAACUCUAUUCCUCUAGGGGCUCUUGAGAACAAAGACAGAGUAGACAUUGCUCAGUUACUGACCAGCCAUUUUGGGACUCAGAAGGCUUUACAUGUGACAAUACAUCUUCUGAAAGAGAUUGGGCAGCGUGAACUCGCUCGUAAGCUGGAAAGAAACACAGGUCAACCAGAGCAGUGUCUUUCCAGAAAUUAUAAGAAGACAGAAGCUAACCAAGGGGAGAAACUAAAGAUGUUAUUAACUUGUGGUGGAAAUUCACUAGACAGUUAUGCCAGAUUUGUUAUUGUUGUAAACAAAAGCAGACAAGAACAAAUUCAGUACCUCAACUUUCUUAGUAAGCUGAAACUGUUUUGUGUCUUGGACUUUGACCCAAACUCGCUCACUUCAGGUGGACUGUGUAAUUCAUACAGAGAGUCGAGGGUGGCUAAUCUGCAUCUGCCAGUACAAUUUCAGGGACAAAUAGAGGCUGUAAAAAAAGAUCUUAACCUCAAUCUCCAGACCAGCUGGGUCUUCUGUAAUGGAAGAAAUGACCUUGAAGGAGACAAAGAACUGGAGUACAGAGAAUGGUAUAGGAAAUCUUGCAAAACUGUUGAACAGUUAGUUUCCUUUAUCUGCAACCCUGACGUUUUUCUUCAUGGCCGAUGGCUGAUCAUAUUCCUCCUUCUUUCCCCUGUAUGUACUGAGAAAGAUCCAGUCUUUGAUACCUACAAAUCUUUUAUCAAACACACAGAAGAGAAAAACAUUAUCUGUAUUUGUGAGUCUCAGUCUACAUAUCUGAAAUGGAGGGAACUUAUUCAAGAAAAGUGUGACUUUGACAUUGAGCAUUUGUCCAUAAAUGAACUAACUCUGAGUGAGAUCAAUGGGACCAUAAUGGGCCUGGGACCAGUUACUCAGUCAUGUACACGUCUGCUUCCUUCUUCUGGUUCCAGUGCUGUCGUUCUUAAACAGAAGGAUGAAGAUCUACUGACAGCUCUGAAAGUUCUUGCCUCAAAUGAGUGUGAAAACGUCUAUGAUGAAAGCAGCUCAGACUUUCAGGAGUUCAGAAUCAAGGUUGAGGAGGACUUCUACAGAGGAGCCAAAGUGAGUUGGUGGAACUUCUACUUCUGUGACAAAGACACAGAGAAACCAUUUAUAAAGAGAGAAAAGCAUGAAACUGUGAAGAAAAUGAUCAGAUCACAAAAGACACAUUCAAGCAAUGCAUGUGUCUUGCUGAAUCUAUUUCAUGAUCCAGGAUGUGGCGGUACCACCUUAGCAAUGCAUGCAAUGUGGGAACUCCGUAAGGAGUUCAGAUGUGCAGUUCUGAAAGACGACAUGUUGCCAAAAACUGAGGUGGCCAACCAGAUCCGACAUCUGAUGAAACUGGAAAGUGAGAAACCGUCACCAGUUUUACUUCUGAUUGAUGAAUCAAAAGAAACAGAAAGCCCUUCUGAUCUAGUGAACUGCAUCCGUCAAGCAGUUGAAGAUUUAUUGGACCGUAAUCUAGAUGAGGGUCAACACUGCAAAGUUAUCAUCCUCAAUUGUGUUCGUUCACAUAAUCCUAAAGAGCAAUACAGACAGCACAAUCAAACCCAAAACCAGUACAUAACCGCAAAGCUGACGCCACAAGAACAGAGGGACUUUGAAAAGAAACUCAAAGAUCUCCAAGAAACCCAUGAGAAACCUGAAAACUUUUACAGCUUCAUGUUCAUGAAGAACAAUUUUGACAAAAGUUACACAGAAAAUCUUGCUCGUAACACACUAGAGCAUUUUGACUUUAGCACCAAAGUGGCCCAGCUCUUUUCCUUUCUUGCCUUACUCAAAACAUAUGCUGGAGAGUCAGAAAUCGCUCUGUCUCUCUGUGAGGAUUUCCUUCAGAUGAAGAUUCGCUGGGAACAGGACUGUGUUUUGGACAGAAUGAGCCCAUAUUCAAACUUCCUCAUCAUAGACUCAGUGAAUGAUUGGGGUGGAUACAAAGGAAUCCGAAUUCUUCAUUAUGCAAUAGCAUCUGCCUGUCUGGAUGAGCUUGAGAGGAGUCAUAAUCUGAAAGUCAGUGAUAUCGUCAAGGAGAUUCUUCACUGCGAUCUUUUUUUCAGUGCUGGUGUUGUUAAACACAAAUUCAUGCUCUCUAUUCAACAAAUGCUGAUUAAAAGACGAAAGCGAAAGAAAGAUGGAGAGGAGAGGGAACCAUUUUCUCCUUUGAUAGAAAAAAUCCACAGCCAGGAGGGGAGACAAACUGUCCAAGAAAUCUUUGAGAGUGCAUCAUCAAGAUUUGAAAUGAGUGCAUCUAUUCCUCAGGCAUUGGCAAGAUACUUGUACAUCAAUGUGCGUGACUUUACAGAGGCCUUAAAGUGGGCAGAAAAAGCUAAGAACAUUAAAAAUAAUCCCUACACCUUUGAUACAAUCGGACAAAUCCACAAAAACAAUCUGAGGUUUAACAUUGAAAGAGAAAAGCAGGAGAACACACACAACCCUGAAGAUUUGCACAAAAAUAUUGAAAUAGCCAUUAAUGGGUGGAGAGCUUUCCAAAGAGCUCAGGAACUGUCAGACUUUGAGAAUGAAAGAGAAGAAGAAACAGCUGAUGAUGAAUCAGAGGACUAUCCCAGAAAAUGGUACAAUGUUUACGGUCAUGUCAGCAUGCUUGAAAUCUCUUUCCUAAUCUUUGAAAUACUGAGCAGAUUGCCUUUCUUUGAAAAACACGAUCGUUCUAAAAAAGACUACUUGAGAAGUUUUCUUAACAAAUCAAUCCCAAUCAACAGUGUUUACAGAGAAAACACAGACAUUAACAACAGGUAUGUUGAGAUCAUCAAAGAACAUGAGUUAUUUCUCAUCAAACUUAAAUCUGAAGUCAAAGAAAAGUUUGAUUUUCUUGACUCUUACUUUGCCUACAUCAAACAAAACUCUGAGUAUGACAAAACCAAUCAUAGAACAGUAAGUGAACUUUUUAAAAAAUACGUUGAUCUUUUCUGUGCCACACUAGAUGAAAGGAGAAAAGAACAAAAAGUCAAAACCAACCUCAACCAGAAAUUGGAUAUUGAAGAACGAAAAAGAUUUCUGGAGAUGUGUCAAGCAGAUACUUUCUCUGGAGUACUUCAGUGUUUGGAUAAGUCUGCUGAAGAGACAGAAGAGAUAACACAAUGCUAUGCGUUUUUACUACAAAACGCUGUCCAUGAGAGAAAUCAUUCAAAAAUAAAAAUCAACUACAUUAUGUCAAACAUAAAUCUUUACCACUUGAAUGCAAACUCUAAACAUGUAAAGAAAUACAGUGAGCUCUGUACUCUUCUUUGAGAGAUUCUGCAAGAUGUAGGACUUCGACAUCCUUUCCCAGAUCCAUAUUUUCUGGCUUUGCUGUUAUUCUGGUCAAAUCCUUUAGAAGAAAACACAGAUAUAGCAAAAUAUGUAACUGCAAUUCGACAAUGUUCUCAUAAGCACUUGUCCAAGUUACUUAAAAAGAGGAGCACCAUUGCUUACUUUUACUUAGGUAAAGGAGAAGGACUGAAGAGGCUGGUUUCAAAACCCUCACUGGAUGAGCGUUUUCUAAAGAAAAUGAAUCGAGAUGUCUUAGCACAACUUUGGAGAGAUGGAGACAUAUUUAAGGAAAAAUCAAUAAGCAAUCGGCUUUACAGAGUGAAUGGAACCAUUCAACAGGGGGAGGUUUACGCCAACUAUGGCAAACACAAAAUCCCAGUACGUCCAGCAUGGAUCAGUGGAAUAAGAAGUGGUUUCAGUACUGAAAAGGUUUCUUUCUACAUUGGGUUUGCCAUCAACGGGCCCCUUGCAUAUGACAUCAAAUAUGAAACAUGAACAGAAAGACCCGUAACCUGGAAACUGAACCUGGAUAAGCAGUCAAGGCUAAUACUUAAAGAAUGUUGAAGACAAGAUUUAGAAGUUAUUACAUACCUUCUGGCUUUUUAUAUUUAGCUUUAAAUAUUCUCUCGAGGAGGCAUAUUUCUUUUCGCAAUUUCCAAACUGAACAGGAUUCAGUUAAAAUAGAAAAUAAAAGGAUGAUUGCAGAUGUGAACAAAGUAAUUUUCAAGAUAUGUGACUGAGCAAAUGUUGAGUAAUUAGUGAAGGUAUUACCCUUUACUUUGAAUAUGAGGUCAGACGUGGUCUAAAACAAUAAUAAAUCAUCUACUUAUCCCCUCUUCUGUAGAAGACCAACGAAAUUAAAAUGAUCUUGACUUAGAAAAAUGUCUUGAGGACGUUGCUGAAUAAAUAUUAUCAUUGAACACUGGGCCACCACAGAAUAAYCUGCUCUUCUUUUUACGUGUACAUAGUUGUUUAUCAUCAUGUUCAGUUCAUGUCACAGAGCAUGUUUUUGUAAUAUYCCAGUUUAAGUUUGAAUUAUGUACUUUUAUGUCUGAAGUUCUUAAUUGAAAACAUGUUAACUCUUGUUUUUGUUUUAUGAAGAUGCUCAACUUCUCAAAUGUUAUAACUCAGUUAAUGUCUGUAGUUCUCUUCAAAUUUAUAUAAGAUUUAAUGACUUUUUGUUAUUUCUGAGUAUGUCUGAGAUGUUUAAAAUUUUCCUUUCUCUAAAGAACCAGUCUUACAUAGCAAUAUGUUUAUUGUACUUUAUAGUACACAUAUAUAUAUAUAUAUAUAUAUAUAUAUAUAUAUAUAUAUAUAUAUAUAGUCAUUGAAAAAUAUGGUCAGCAUUUAAGUUAAAUGUGUUUUUUAUUCUUUUGAACACAAAAUAUUUUCAAAGUAUUUCUGUUACAACAUAUGAAAGCUUUGAAUUUCGAGCUUCGAUUCAAGUUCUGUUAAUCAUAUCUAUCACUUCUGCUUCCGUUGGAAGAAUGUUAUUAUUUAACAAUUACAUAUUUACUCAUUGCAUUAUUACAUUAUCUUUGUAUUAUUUAUAUUCAUUCUUUGAUACUUAUCUAUUCAUAUUCAUUUACCAAUUUUGCUCAUUAUAUUGCAAUUUUACAUUUAAUGAUUACAUUAUUUUUUGAUUAUAUUAUUCUUUUGUUAUUUUCCUCAGACAGCAUAUUUGAUGUUUGAAGUAAAACCACUGACUGUAACAUGACAUUGUUUAUAAAACUAAGUUCAUAAGUUAAUUUUCCUACUUAUGAGGUGAUGACUGUCAGUGAGUCGAGGAACCAUCUCCUCCAAGUGUUUUUGCAGGGCAGCAACAAGAAGUAUGCUGACCUAGACUCUUAACUCUUUGUUCUUCUUCUUGAUUAAGUAAAAAUCCAUCAAACAAACA